AUGGAAACGACGGAAAAGACUGCGUUCGAAGCCGUAUCCGUGGAGCCUUUCUACACCGGCGGCAAGACCUCUCUCGCCGACGACGGGUACACCCUGGCCACCUCUUUUGGAGAGGACGUGGUGGUGACCAACAUCAAAACUGGAGAGGAAAUCUGCCGAAUCGAGGGCGAUAGUGAGAUUCUGACGACUCUGGAAAUAAGUCCCGAUGCCCAAUACCUCGUCACAUGCUCCCGAUCUCUGACAAUGCGCACAUACCGAAUCCCCAGUGGAGAACUGGUUCGAUCAGCCCGGGCCCAUGACGCCCCAGUGAUUGUCAUGGCUAUCGACAGCUCAUCGAGUCUGGUGGCGACCGGAGGAGCCGAGGGAACCGUCAAGGUGUGGGAUCUGGAGCGGGGAUUUGUGACUCACAAUCUCAAGGGCCAUGGAGGAGUGGUUUCUGCAUUGAAGUUUUUCGGCGAACAGGGCGGCUCAGUGUGGCGCCUGGCGUCCGGAGCGGACGACUGCAAGAUCCGAGUUUGGGAUCUCGUGAGCCGAAAGUGUCUCAAGGUGCUGGAUUCGCAUAACUCGGUCAUUCGAGGUCUGUCCUGGAGCUCCGACGGUGGCAUUCUUGUGUCUGGAGGCCGAGACAAGAUCGUCAACGUGUGGGACGCCAACAAGUUCAAGCUGGUGCGAACCAUCCCCGUGGGUGAGAGUAUCGAGACAGCCGGUAUCCUGAAUGGCGAGGGUCUUCGAAUCUAUACUGGUGGCGAGAUGGGAGUUGUGAAGAUCUGGAACGGUCAGACUUCUGCUCUGAUUGCUGCCCAGGUCCAGCCUGCAGUGCACAACAAGGAAAACGAGCGAGUGGGAGUGGUGGACAUUCUGUAUAAGACCGACAAGCUUGUGUCUGUGCUGUCAGACCAGACUUUUGUGGAGCUGGACGACGACCUAAAGGAGGUGCGACGUAUUGUGGGUUUCCAUGAUCAGAUCAUCGAUAUGACUUAUGUUGGCGAAGACGAGUCCAAGCUGGCGGUGGUCACCAACGCGCCCGACAUUCGAAUCCAGACCGUUGGAGGAAUCGAAACCAACGUUCUGACUGGACAUAGAGAUAACGUCAUUGCCGUGGACCGAUCGUUUGACGGUACCUGGCUGGCUUCCUCUGGAAAGGAUCACGAGGCUAGAAUCUGGCACGUGCCCACUCUGACCUGCUUUGCUGUCUGCACCGGUCAUGCUGGUUCUGUGGGAGGUGUUGCUCUUCCUAGACUUCCUCUUGAGGGUCGACCUCCUCAGUUCCUCAUUACCGGCUCGCAAGAUCUGACCAUCAAGAAGUGGAACAUUGCCAAGGACGGUACUGCGAAGGCCGAGUACACCCGAAAGGCCCACGAGAAGGAUAUCAAUGCUCUGGACGUGUCUCCUAACGAUAGACUGUUUGCUACGGCUUCUCAGGACAGAACUGCAAAGGUGUGGGACAUGAACUCGGGUGAGGCUGUGGGAGUGCUGCGAGGACACAAGCGAGGCGUCUGGUCUAUCAAGUUCAACCCCUACGAGAAACAGAUUGUAACUGGAUCGGGAGACAAGACCGUCAAGGUGUGGUCUCUGAACGACUUUUCGUGCCUGCGAACAUUUGAAGGCCAUACCAACUCGGUUCUGCGAACCGUGUGGACUUCUCUGGGCUCCCAGAUUGUCUCCUCUGGAGGAGACGGACUCAUCAAGGUAUGGACUUAUGCCUCUGGAGAAUGUGCUGUCACUUUGGACAACCAUGAAGACAAGGUGUGGUCUCUGGCUGUUCGAGGCUCCGAUGACGGUGCCCAGAUGGUCUCUGGAGACGGAGAGGGAACCAUUACUGUGUGGAAGGAUAUCUCCGACGAGGAGAAGGCUGCCAAGAAGGCUGCUGCCGAGCUUCAGGUGGAGCAGGAGCAGCAGCUGGCAAACUACGUGCGGUCCAAGGACUGGGAGAAUGCUAUUCUGCUUGCUCUGACUCUGAACCAGCCCUACAAGCUUUUCUGUCUGUUCCGAGACGUGCUUGCUGAUCGCCAGGACGAGGACUCCAUCAUGGGUCUGACUAAGGUCGACAAUGUGAUUGCUGGACUCAAUGUCGAGCAACUGGAGCUUCUGAUCAAGCGAGUCCGAGACUGGAACACGAAUGCUCGAUCGUCGGUGGUGGCUCAGCGGGUCAUGAACUGCAUUCUGGUUAACCACUCGGUUGACAAGCUCAGCCAGGUGCCCAAGAUUUCCACCAUGACAGACGCUCUCAUUCCUUACUCGGAGCGACACUUUAACCGGGUCGAUGAGAUGUACGACGAGAGCUAUCUGCUAGACUACGCUCUGAAUGAGAUGGACUUCCUGGACACUCCUCAGGUUGUGUAG